AUGUGGGACUCCCGCGAAAAUUCCUUCACCAAGACAGGCAGGACGAGAUGGUCCUACGAGACUUGCUCAUCCGCGCGCGAGAAUCAGACACAGAAUCGAGAUACGUUCGCCAGGAUGCGCCCUUCGCAUGUAACGGUGCAAGAAGAUCCCGCGUCGCAGCAGCGUGUGAAUGUACAACAGCGUUCGAGCUAUCUAUACCGCCAGCAACGCUCUUCUUGGCAACAGGAUAAUCGUUCGUGUGAAGUGAGCAUAUCAUCCGCCCGCGCGUCGGUGAUGGUGUACGACGACGUGAACAAGAAAUGGGUACCGAGUGGCAGCUCGUCCGGUCUGUCGAAGGUUCAGCUCUAUCACCAUCAAGUGAACAAUACGUUUCGCGUAGUCGGCAGGAAGUUGCAGGAUCACGAAAUUGUCAUCAACUGUGCGAUCCUAAAGGGACUCAAGUACAAUCAAGCCACGGUCACGUUUCACCAGUGGCGAGAUAACAAGCAAGUCUACGGACUCAAUUUUUCCAGUAAAGAUGACGCCGAUGCCUUCGCUCGGGCGAUGCUCCAGGCACUUGAUGUGCUAAGUAAUGGUAGCAACAUAUCAAGGAGUCUUGCUCCGACAACCAACACGACUACUCAACAGCAAACCGCCUAUCAACAGCAGCAGCAGCAGCAACAGCAGCAGCAGCAGCAGCAGCAGCAGCAGCAGCAACAACAACAACAACAACAACAACAACAGCAACAGCAGCAGCAGCAGCAGCAACAGAGUCAGGCAACCGUUCAAUAUGAGGAAGAUAUGGGAUAUAGAACCAUGACUAGAGAAGACGUGGCAAUAAUUCAGGAACGCAGAAUGUCUCAGCAAAGUCAAGCAACUGGAAGUCCCAAUCCUAUAUCACCGAGCUGUCCGCCUGCUGCACAGCAACAGCAACAGCAACAACAACAACAACAACAACAACAAUCUGGUCAUCAUCGAACUUCAUCAGCACCGCCGGCGCCACAACCGCCUCCACAGCAACUACCAACUCUACAAGGUGGCGGUACGAUUCCAGCGGCUCCGCAAAUUUCAGCUGGACCGGGAGUCGGUCCCCCGGUACCACCGCCCCAACCACCAAUUGCACCUCCUGCUCCACCAUGUCCACCGACAAUGAUGAAUUUUAAUUCGGCCGCGGCACCGGCACCACCGAUGAUGAUGAAUCAGUAUGCACAAUCGCCAUCAUCCCAGUCAAGUCAACAGUCUCAAUGCCAAUCCAUCUACGUUACUAAUCAGGCAAACCAGUAUAAUGCUGCGCCUGCAAGCAAUCAGUACGCGAGUGCCACUGUUUCUAAUAGUGGCAGUGGCACCGGAAGCGGUGCGGCUUCCGUUGUUGGCCAGAGCCCGAAUCAAUUUCCAUCUGGCAGUCAAAACAAUUUUUAUAGUACUAAUAAUCAGACGAGUAAUUAUACUACUGGCGGACAAGUUAAUACAAGCCAAUAUAACCAAUCAGUUGGUAGUCAGGCUACGCAAUACGGUAGCAGUGGUAAUCAGUAUGGAAGUAAUAGCUCGAUAAAUCAGUAUGCUGUCGGUCCGCCACCUGGUCCGGUGAGUCAAUAUGCGAUCGCGCAGCCUGGUCAAUCGCAAUAUGUAUCCCAGGCACAAGCACAGUAUGGCGGUACCAGUCAAAUACAAGCAGCUGCCACAGCAAGUGGUACCACAAAUCCAUAUGGGACACCAUCAAAUUCGGUGAAUCAGUACGCAACUGGUGGACAUCACACAGUCAGCGCUAACGCUUAUGCUCCUAUCGCCAGUGGUCCUCCGCCGCCUCCGAUGGUAUCACUGGCUGGUCCCGCUGCACCGCCUCCACCGCCACCGCCGCCUGUACCUAACGCUAACAAUUCUACCGCUGUUGCUGGUUCAUCUAUUAGUUCCUCGAAUGAUCCUCCACCUGAUACCAACUCAUUAGCAGCUGCUCUUCAAGCACGUCUUAAAAAGAAACAGCAACAAUCACAACCAGUGGAGAAUAGUGGCUCGAGUACUAGCAGUAGUAGCAGUGGUGGAGGAAGCGGUAAUUAUGGCACCUUAGGAAGAGGUGGAGGCGGUGGAAUGGCUUCCAUGAUGGAUGAGAUGGCUAAAACUCUAGCACGCCGAAGGGCUGCCGCCGAGAAGAAACAACCCGAACAACCACCGGAACCGGAAAGUUCGCCAGACAAGAAAUCUUGGGACAAAAACAAUGCAUCUAAUAAUAAGUUUUCCAAUGGCGCCGAGUCACCGAAAUCGGUUCGCAAGAGGUUCGGUUCAGCUUCGGAGGAUACUCUUCUCAAAGUAAAUGGUGUUAACGAUGGAAUUUCGCUCACCGCGCAAGAGAUGGAGGCCUUUAAGGUGGAGAUAAUUAAAGAAGUACGGAAAGAAUUUCAGAAGAUGAAACAAGAAAUAAUCGAUGCCGUAAGAACAGAACUGAAUAAGAGAUAAAGAAGAUAAUAAAGAAG